CCAGGUAGAUCCUAAACGCACUUUUGCUGAAGUAGUAAGGUUUAAAGGAGAAACUAAUUUCGAACUGAAGUUUGUACAGAGGAAAUCAAUGGGGUUAAAAUGGCAGGAAUGUCUGUGGAGGAUCUGAUGGAUAUAGCUAAUUACUGGGAGGCCACACUUAUUUGUUGUGUCCUAGGGGCUAAUCCUCCACUUAAAAUUAUGGAUGGAUUCUUAAGAAGAAUAUGGAAGGAAUAUAAUAUUGAGGAAAUUUCAGUGUUAAAGGAAGGACAAUUUGUGGUACAAUUUGGGAAAGAAUCAGAAAGGGAUGAAGUGCUGAAGAGGAAGUACUAUUUUAUGGAUAACAAACCAAUGUUAGUCCAGAGGUGGAAGCCUGGUUGGAAAGUGAACUUGGAGGAGUUAACAGAUAUACCUAUUUGGAUUAGACUGCCAGACUUGGACCCAAAAUACUGGAGCCUCUCUGGAUUAUGUAAAAUAGGAAGCAUUAUUGGUAAACCUGUCAAGAGGGACAAAGCAGCUGCAACAAUGUCAAAGAUGGGUUAUGCGAGAAUCCAACUAGAAGUAAGCAUCAAAUAGCAAUUUCCAGACAACAUUAAGUUUAUUGAUGUAGAAGGAAGAGUGGUAUCUUAGCAGAUUGACUACGAAUGGUGCCCAAUAACUUGUGAGAAAUGUA